CUCGUAUUCUAUCUGUAGUCUCCAAAGAUCUCGCUUGGUCUGCUGCUACAGCUGUUGUCCAGACAACAAGAGACCUGUCUGCUUUCUGCCGCAGAUGCCGCGAAAAGCCGGCGCCAGCGGCGAUCUCGGCCGUCCGGGAUCGAUGUCGUCGUCGGUCUCGGUUGCCUCACAAUCCCAAAGCUCGAGGAUAUGGUCCUUGCCUGUGGAGUAUGAGAUGGACGUCUUGGACACAAAGACAACGCCCAAGCCGUCGAAGCUGCGCUCGUUUGCUCCUGCGAACUUGCCUUUCUUUACAAGCCAGUCCUCGUCGAAUGGAACCGCUCCUACUGAUCCCCAGCAACCGCCGUCAAGGUUCAUGGGGUAUCUCCUCAAGAUCAAGGACGUGCUCAAGACGUACAUGCGCUUCAUCGGUCCCGGCUUCAUGGUCGCCGUCGCCUACAUCGAUCCCGGAAACUACUCCACCGACGUCUCUGCCGGUGCGCAAUUCCGCUUCAAGCUCCUAUUCGUGGUCCUGCUCGCGAACGUGUUUGCCAUCUUCCUCCAAUCUCUUUGUACCAAACUAGGCUGCGUCACAGGCCUCGACCUUGCGCAGAACUGCCGCGCACAUCUUCCGCGCUGGCUCUGCGUCAUCUUAUACCUACUUGCCGAAGCAGCCAUCAUCGCGACCGACAUCGCAGAGGUAAUCGGUACCGCGAUCGCUCUCAAUAUCCUGUUCCACAUCCCCCUCGUCGCCGGCGUCGCAAUCACAAUCACCGACGUUCUGAUUGUGCUGAUGGCGUACAAGCCUAACGGAUCGCUCAAGGGAUUACGAUGGUUUGAACAGGCUGUCGCGCUGCUGGUGUUGGCCGUCGUCAUCUGUUUCUGUGUUGAGCUGAGCCACAUCGAUGCCUCAGUCGGCGAAGUUUUCAAAGGAUACCUGCCCUCGAAGACGGUCGUGUCGAGCGAAGGACUAUACGCCGCCUGCGGUAUUCUCGGCGCAACCGUCAUGCCCCAUAGUCUCUACCUAGGCUCAGGUCUGAUCCAACCCCGACUGCGGGACUACGACGCCACGAACGGCAACGGGAACUACGCCGAAAUCCCAGAUGAUAUAAACGAUCUGCCGAAAUACCGCCCUUCGUUAGCCGCCAUGAAGCAUGCGCUGAAAUACUCGCUUGUCGAGCAAGCGGUCGCGCUCUUCACAUUCGCUCUCUUUGUCAACUCGUCGAUCUUGAUCCUCGCCGGCGCGACAUUAUCAGACACCCCCGGCGCCUCCGACGCCGAUCUUUUCUCAAUCUACGACAUGCUAACCACGAACCUCAACAAAGCUGCGGGCACCGUCUUUGCCCUCGCCCUCCUAUUCUCCGGUCAAUCUGCCGGAAUGGUAUGCACCCUCGCGGGCCAAAUGGUCUCCGAAGGGUUUCUAAGAUGGACCCUCCGACCCUGGCUGCGCAGGCUGAUCACGCGCGGCAUCGCGAUCGUGCCAUGUAUCGUCGUCGCCGCGGCCGUGGGUCGCGAUGGUCUGGGCGAAGUUCUCAAUCUGUCGCAGGUGAUGCUCUCGAUCCUGCUCCCGUUCGUCACCGCGCCGCUGAUUUACUUUACCUGCCGGAAACAGUUUAUGCAGGUGCCGGUCAUGCCUGUGGCUGAUAGUCUGCAGGAGUCGAUCGAGAUCGUCGACUUGAACGGUAGCAGUUCGAAUCUUCCAGAGACGCAGACGCAGACGCAGACGACGACGAAUGGUGAAGAUCUAGCGCAGGUUACUGUUGAUAUGUCGAACGGGAUCAUUUUUUCUGUGUUGGCGGUCGCGAUCUGGCUGUUCAUCACGGGUCUUAAUAUUUACUUAAUAGUCAUGCUCGGAACCGGAGAAGCCUCUGUCACAUAGACAGUCUUGUAUCUGCUACUUUGUUUUAUGGCGUUGAAUCUGGUUCCUGGCCGGAGUUCUUGCAUGUUUUAUUGGCAU